AUGGGUGAAACUGUGGCGAGUGGUGAGAAGUUGGUGAGAGUUGAAGAAGAGGAAGAGAGUGGAACUGAGAGUAGAGGAGGUGGUGAAAUGAAAGGGCUUUUGAGAUGGGAGAAGUUUUUGCCGAAGAUGGUUUUGAGAGUGCUUCUGGUUGAAGCUGAUGAUUGUACUAGACAGAUUAUAACAGCACUUCUCAGAAAAUGCAAUUAUAAAGUUGCCGCUGUUGCCGAUGGGUUGAAGGCAUGGGAAAUACUUAAGGGAAGACCGCGUAAUUUCGAUCUUAUACUUACAGAAGUCGAUUUGCCAUCGGUAUCUGGCUAUGCACUUCUCUCGUUAAUUAUGGAGCAUGAUUCUUGCAAAACCAUCCCUGUUAUAAUGAUGUCGUCGCAAGAUUCAGUUAGUACGGUAUACAAAUGCAUGUGUAGAGGUGCAGCUGAUUAUCUUGUUAAGCCGAUUCGGAUAAAUGAACUAAGGAAUUUGUGGCAGCAUGUAUGGAGAAGACAAUCACAGUUAACCGCAACCGCUGGCAUGAACGGCCCCCAAGAUGAAAGUGAUGCACAGCAGAAGGUUGAAGCCAUGGCUGAAAACAACGCUGCUAGUAAUCGUUCUAGUGGCGAUGCUGCUUGUAUUCAAAGAAAUAAGGAUUUAAUUGAGAAAGGAAGUGAUGCACAGAGCUCUUGUACAAAGCCAAACAUGGAAGCUGAGAGUGGCCUGGUUGAUAACAUGCAAGAAUUUACUCAGCUGAAAUGUGCUGAAGCAUGUCCAAGUGAAAUAAAGACACAUGAAUUUGACAUUCAUUUAGGCCAGACAUUGAUCGCGCAGGACAGUCACGCUGGAGGAUUAAGCGUGGCUAACUGCAAAAAUGGAGAGACAAGCACAAAUAAUGGCAAGGACGUUAAUGAUCAAGAACAUUUUAGGAUUGCCAGCACCAGUGGUGAGGUUCAUGACAAUCACUAUGUUCAAAUUAACUCUACUAAGGAAGCUAUUGACUUGAUUGGAGCAUUUCGUACGCAUCCAAAUUGCAGUCUCAAAAAGUCAUCCAUUGAUUGGACAGACAAGCUUGACAAUUCUCCACAAUUGGAUCUUUCUCUUAGAAGCUCUCAUCCAAGUAACUUUGAGAAGGAACUCACUGAAGAAAGGAACACCCUUAUGCAUUCUAAUGCUUCCGCUUUCAAACGGUAUACUAACAGACAAUUGCAUGCGUCGCCUGCAGUAGUAGUUAAUUUCUCUGAUCAACAAAGAGAACAAAAAACAAAUAAUGGUAACCAUAACUCGGAUAGUUCAAUACCAAGUAUGCAAAAAUGUAAUAUAUCUCCUGCUACAGCCCAAUCAAAAGAAUCCGAACUCGCAACUUCACAUUCCCAGCAAGGGCAUUCUCUCCCAAUUCCUGUAAAAGGCGUAAGGUUCAAUGAUCUUCGUGUGGCCUAUGGUUCAACACUUCCACAAGGGUUUUGUACACAAUCAGGUCCACCAUCCAUGCCAGGUUCUGUCGUGUUUCUCGAACAAAAUUUUCAAGCAGAUGCACUUUAUCAGCCAAAUGUUAAAGAAAAUAAUUCAGAACAAGUUUACGAACCCCGUUGUCCGAAUGGAAACAGCACCUCAAACCAAAAUGUGUACACACAGGAACACAGGCCAGAACAUGCAGAGGAUCAAAGACUUAUCUCGCCAACAACUGAUCAAAGUGUAUCCAGUAGUUUAUGUAAUAAUGGAAAUGCAAGCCAUCUUAACAGCAUUGGUUAUGGAAGUAAUUGUGGAAGUAGCAGCAAUAUUGAAAACGUUGCUGCUUUCAGGACAUCAGCAGUUUCCGAUGGUAAGAAUGAAGACCUCACAAACGGUGGAUAUUCACAUUCACAUCGCUCUAUGCUAAGAGAAGCAGCUCUUAACAAAUUCCGAUUGAAACGAAAAGAGAGAUGUUAUGAAAAGAAGGUUCGAUAUGAAAGCAGGAAGAAACUAGCAGAACAGCGUCCUCGAGUUAAAGGACAAUUUGUUCGCCAAGUGAAUCCUGAUUCUCUUUCUGGAGAAAAAGAAUGCUGA